AUGGGCCGUACCGAUCGUGUCUCACGAAAAAUCAACAGUGGAACUUGUUUCGCUAAGCUAGAUCUAUCCGCUGCAUACAUCCAAAUCGAGGUGGACACCCAUCGUGGUCUGUCCCAAUUCACCUGUUUGUCAUUCGGGAUUAAGACCGCCCCCGCCAUCUUCCAACAAGCCAUGGACACCAUGCUGACGGGCACCGAAAGCGCCGCUGCCUAUCUGGAUGAUAUUAUCUUCAUUAGGUUUGAUCAACAUGGACUGUUUCAACGUCUGGAAACAGUACUCGGCCGGAUUCCGGACUAA